UCAGCUCAGGUGGGUGUCUGUGGUGCAGUGCCUCUGGGAAAGCCAGUGAGAGGAUACAGCACACCUGCGCAGGUGUCGCCGCCCCGCCUGGGAGUCCUGGUUCUUUUGGCACCGUGGGAACUGGGCCGGCUCCAGUGGAGAGGACGCAGCAUGGGGAACCGGGUCACCAGGGAUGACUUUGAGUGGGUCUAUACAGAUCAACCUCAUACAGAGAGAAGGAAGGAGAUCUUGGCCAAGUACCCUGAGAUCAAGAAGCUAAUGGGUCCAGAUCCCCAGCUGAAGUGGGUGGUGUCCCUGAUGGUGCUGACCCAGCUGGUGGCCUGCUACUUGGUGAAGGACCUGCCUUGGAAGUGGGUCUUCUUCUGGGCUUACGCCUUCGGGGGCUGCCUCAACCACUCCAUGACGCUGGCCAUCCACGACAUCUCCCACAACGUGGCCUUCGGCAACAAGGAGGCCAAGUGGAAUCGCCUUUUCGGCAUGUUCGCCAACCUGCCCAUCGGGGUCCCCUACGCCACCUCCUUCAAGAAGUACCACGUCGACCACCACCGCUACCUGGCCGGGGACGGGCUCGACGUGGACGUCCCCACGGCCUUCGAGGGACGGUUCUUCCACUCGCCGCCCCGCAAGAUCCUCUGGCUUUUCCUGCAGCCCGUCUUCUACAUCCUGCGGCCCCUCUACGUCAACCCCAAGCCCUUCACCGGCCUGGAGGUGAUCAACGUCGCCGUGCAGCUGGCUUACGACCUCUUGAUCUACUCCUUGUGGGGGCCCAAGCCCGUCUUCUACAUGAUCGCCGGCUCCACGCUGGCCAUGGGGAUCCACCCCAUCUCCGGACACUUCAUCGCUGAGCACUACAUGUAUCUCAAGGGCUACGACACCUUCUCCUACUACGGCCCCUUGAACUGGCUGACCUUCAACGUGGGUUAUCACAUGGAGCACCACGAUUUCCCCAGCAUCCCGGGCAGCAGGCUGCCGCUGGUGAAGAAGAUUGCUGCUGAGUACUACGACCAUUUGCCCUACCACACCUCCUGGGUCUGCGUCCUCUGGGACUUCAUCUUCUGUGACUCGCUGGGGCCCUUUGCCCGCGUGAAGAGGAAGUACAAAGUGGCCAAGGCGGAGUGAAACAAGAGGGUCACCCAACAGAGCUCCCAGCUCUCCAGCCUCUCAGGGACGGGGGGAGGUUUGACAUCAGGGGAGUUAUUUAUACCUGUUGCCUAAUACCAGAUGUGUACGCGCUUCAUUUAAGGGUCAAAUAUUGUCAAAGACUCCACUGACUGAGACAUGAGUCAUUAGGCAGCCUCACUGGGCCACGGGAGCAUGCCUCCUGACUCCUCGGCUGGUGUACAACUACCCACGCUCCUCCCAGCAACCAACACAGGGCAUGUGGCCAAUGGUACUGGGGCAUGGCUGAGAAGGGGGUGUGGUAGGGCCUGGGAUCCCCAGCUGCUGUUAACAAUCAGUGUAUAUCUGUGCCAUGGACUAGCUUAGCAUCCAGAUGGCUUUCCUGCCACCUUCAUUCCCCCCCACCCCAGACUUCUUAUCAAAUGGUCCCCUGCCAAUCUGGAGCAUCAGCUGGUACGUGUACAUAGGUAUUACUACGGGCCACCAAAGAUAGCUCAAGUCUAGGCUGUAGCUUUACAGGCCUGAUUCCCCGCUCCCUCAAAGCGGUGUGAAUCUGGAGUGACCCCCAUUGAAACCAGUGCCAUUGAACAAGCAUAAAUCAGGAAUAACUCCACGGGAGUCAGUGGGGCUGAUUCAUGCCUCCCUCACCUUGCCCUAGCACUGAUGUAAAUGAAACGAGAAUUGGGCCCCUUAUAAAAUGUGAACUGUAAUAAGUGCAUCCCCAGAUCUGCAAGAAAGGACCGUGCAUACAUAAUGCAAAGAUACAGCCCUACUUAAUUAGUCAUGUUCCUUAUAUUAAAAGUAACUCGAGGAGAA